UUACAGUGGAGGCCCAUCCCUGUGGGCCUCAAGUUAUUCAAAACCACAAGUCUCUUCUCUGCGUUAGAAUCCGUACGGAAGUAGAUGGAGAUAAUAACAGCUGCGCAUGAACCGGCGGUGGUUGUUAGAACCACAACAAUGGCAGCCUCCUCGCUCAUUUCAUCUUCUCUCUUCUCAACAAAUCAGAAUAGCAAACUCCUGUUUCUCAACAAUCGCAAUCGUUUCAGCAAUCGUCCAGUCAAGUUUUUUAGGGUUCGAGCUGCAAAGCUUCCUGCCGGUGUUGAAAUGCCGAAAGUGGAGCCGAAGUUCCAAGCUCCUUUUCUCGGAUUCACCAAGACGGCUGAAACAUGGAACUCUAGAGCUUGUAUGAUUGGCCUAAUUGGUGUUUUCAUUAUAGAAUUGAUAAUCAACAGGGGUAUACUUCAGGUCAUCGGAGUAGAUGUUGGGAAAGGUCUUGAUCUUCCUCUCUGAAAUAUUGUCUCCACGGUCGUCUCCUACUUGCUAUUACUCGUUUACAAUUCUUCAAAAGAAACUCCAAGAUUCCUAAAUGUAAUCAUAUGGUUAUCCUGGUCGUGGCAGAAAAUUCUUCAGUAAGACUAGUUUGAAAAUUUGCUUUUAUUAUAAUUAUAGAAUCACAUUGUACCUUAACAUA